AUGGGGUAUUCCAUAGAAAAUUGCAUAGCCUUCAAGAAACUGGUUGAGAAACUGAUCAGUAUGGGCGUUGUCAAGUUAGAUGAUUCACCCAAUGCAAAACACCCAUUGCCUAAUCAUAACGAGGUGAACAUGAUGAGUGGAAACAUGGGGAGAAAUGUUAAAACAGACGUUGUAGAUAAAGAGAACUACUGUGAGUUCCACCAUGAGAUAGGACACGAGAUACAGGAAUGUACGGAAUUCAAAACUUUGGUUCAAUGCAUGAUAGAUAACAAAGAGAUGGAGUUCUAUGAAGAAGUUCAAGAGGAAGGAAACAUAUGCACCUCAAAAUUAACCGUGGGAGUUCCAAAAGCUAAUUAUCCUAUGGUCAUCAUUUCACGACCUAAGAAUAGUGAAGUUAGAACGAAAGGGGACUUCGGCUGCUAUGGCAGAAGGGGAUCAAGAUAUAGGCUUUCACACAUGUUGUGGGAAGCGCUACUACUUGAUAAACCCCCGAGCAGAACCGACAAAAGAAGGAGUGAGUACAGUGUUGUGGAACAACUGCAUAAACAACCAGCACGUAUAUCGGCAUUAGCUCUGCUAUUGAGUUCUGAGGCACAUCGAAGUGCGUUGAUGAAAGUAUUGAAUGAGACGGACUCAACUAAAGCUUUGCACAUUACUACCCGUUGUAAAGGGUACACGUUGCCGAGAGUUUUUAUUGAUAAUGGGUCUGCUUUGAAUGUAUUGCCCCUGUCCACCCUAGAUAGACUACCUGUGGAUAGCUCACAUAUGAAGGCAUGUCAGAAUAUAGUGAGGGCAUUUGAUGGAACUGAAAGAAGGGUCAUGGGAAGAAUUGAGAUUUCGUUGAUAAUUGGCCCAACCACUUAUGAGGUAGACUUCCUGGUAAUGGAUAUCAAACCUUCCUACAACUGUUUGUUGGGAAGACCUUGGAUACACUCGGCAGGGGCUGUGCCGUCAUUACUUCAUCAGAAGUUAAAAUUACUGUCAGAAGGUCGAUUGGUGACGAUAAGUGUUGAAGAAGAUAUCAUUGCGACAGGAGAUAAAAUCCCGGUACCAAGAAUAUCCAAGACCAUGAAGAUGGGUCUACAGUUGAUGGUAGGAAUGGGAGCCUUGCUGGGAAGAGUUUUGGGAAGGCAUCUACAAGGAAGAGUUGAGGCGCCGGUACUGAAGGACAAGUUUGAUCGUUUUGGCCUGGGCUACAGACCAGAUAUGAAACAAAAGAAGAAGGAAAUAGAAAAGAGACAGGAGAGAAUAAGGGCACGUUUGAGCGGAAAAGAAGUCAAGCCUUCGGAUAUCAAUGACAUAAGUGACUCUGUGAUGGACCCAGAAAACCCUUUUGAACGAGACAAGUGUUUAGAUGGAUCUCAGGAUUUUGGAGACGACAUAGAUGGUAACUUAUCUCCAGACCUGUUGAGGAUGGUAGAGCAGGAGGAGAAACAGAUCCUACCUUAUAAGGAAGUGGUGGAGAUUGUGACCCUCAAGGAAGGAAAAAUAGUAAAGAUGGGAACAUGCAUAACCGAAGAAACGAAGCAAGACCUCAUCGAGUUACUUCAGGAGUUCAAGGACGUCUUCGCAUGGUCGUACCAAGAUAUGCCUAGUCUGAAUACUGACAUUAUAGUACACCGUCUCCCUAUAAAAAAUGACUGCAAGCCAGUGCAGCAGAAGCUCAGGAGAAUGAGGAGUGAUGUUGUACUAAAGAUAAAGGAAGAGGUGCAAAAACAGUUCGAUGCUGGAUUCCUACAAGUAGUCAAGUACUCAGAAUGGGUGGCCAACAUCGUACCAGUCCCUAAGAAAGAUGGGAAGGUACGAAUGUGUGUAGACUACAUGGAUUUAAAUAAGGCCAGCCCAAAAGAUAAUUUUCCCUUCCCUCACGUACACACAUUGGUGGACAACACGGCAGGAUACUCAUUAUUUUCUUUUAUGGACGAUUUCUCAAGAUAUAACGAAAUUAAGAUGCAUCCUGAAGAUAUGACGAAGACCACAUUCAUAACCCUAUGGGGAACCUUCUGUUAUAAGGUGAUGUCGUUUCGUUUGAAAAAUGUCAGAGCUACCUACCAGAGAGCCAUGGUGACCCUUUUCCAUUAUAUGAUGCAUAAAGAAGUAGAGGUCUAUGUCGACGACAUGAUUGCAAAAUCUCAGACAGAGAAGGAACAUGUGCAAGUCCUGAGAAAGCUAUUUCUAAGGUUAAGAAAGUUCCAGCUCAAGCUUAACCCAGCAAAGUGUACCUUUGGGACUAGGUCCGGAAAGCUUCUGAGGUUUGUAGUCAGUGAAAAAGGGAUUAAGAUUAACCCAGACAAAGUCACAGCAAUACAAGAAUUGCCUCUGCCGCGUACUCAAAAGGAGGUUCGAGGUUUCCUAGGAAGACUAAAUUAUAUUGUUCGGUUCAUUUCACAACUAACUGAGAAAUGCGAUCUCAUAUUUCGUCUCCUAAAGAAGCAUAACCCAGGUGUACGGGAUGAAGAAUGCCAGAAAGCUUUUGACAGAGUAAAGCAGUACCUGUCCAGUACCCCAGUAUUGUCACCACCUAACCCGAAUAAACCACUGAUCCUAUAUUUAACGGUGUUUGAUAAGUCCAUGGGAUGCGUGUUAGGCCAACAUGAUGAGACGGGGAGGAAAGAAAAGAAGGUUGUUAAAGGGAGUGCAAUAGUAGACUUUUUAGCAAGCCGAGCUUUAGAAGACUAUGAACCUCUGGAUUUUGAUUUCCCAAAUGCAGACUUGAUGUGCGUAGCAACUGCUGAAUAG